AGAACGAGUCCUCCGAUGAUCCCAAAAGUGCACCUAACCCCAACGCGAGCCGUUGAAGUCGGGUGAAUUGCAGAAACGCAAACGAAAUGAUGCGAGCCUGAAUUUGAGGUUAUCUAUAUAGAAAAAGGAGAGAGAGAGAGAGAGAGAGAGAAAACUUCGGGCAUCAUCAACACGAACGUUCAUUAAGGCACCGCGCGGUGAUCAAGGUAAAGAACAAAAAGAUCGCACCAGAGAAGAAAUGGGUGUACCGAGUGGCAGAAACGUCGAGGCGAUGGAAGUGGAGAUCGCGAACGCAUCGGACGCGCAAAGCGGCGACGGUGACAGCGCGGGCGAACGUAAGGAUACCGACAUGCAAACAAUCCACGACAUCCGUGAGCAUACUCGGCAGAUCGAGAAGGCGGUGCAGAACAAGGAACCACGUUUUGUGCUGCGCGCCUUACGCGCCUUGCCCAACACCCGUCGUCGCCUCAACCCGGUUGUGCUACGUGGUCUUGUCGCAGGCUUCUAUACUAAAUCCACCACCGAACGCGAUACCCUGCUCGCCUGGGUAGACGAGCCAAUGGAAGUUGACGAGACGCAGUCCACUCAGAGGUUCCGUCCCUUCUCAUCAACGCUGCUACCGGAAAUCGAUGCGUAUAUUCACCUGCUAGUGCUGAUCCGCCUCAUCGACACCAGGAAGUACAGCGAGGCGGUACAAUGCUCCGAGCUGUUGGUCCAGAAGAUUGCCACGCAAAACCGCAGGACCAUCGACCUCAUUGCCGCCAAGUGCUACUUCUACCACUCCCGUGCGUAUGAGCUGACGAAUCAACUAGACAAGAUCCGGGGUUUCUUGCACCUUCGUCUACGAACCGCAACGUUGCGCAAUGACUUCGAGGGUCAAGCAGUACUGAUCAACUGCCUGUUGCGCAAUUAUCUGCACUACAAUCUCUACGAUCAGGCAGACAAGCUAGUACUCAAAUCCACCUUCCCCGAGUCAGCUAGCAACAACGAAUGGGCGCGUUUUCUUUAUUAUCUCGGCAGGAUAAAAGCCGCUCGAUUGGAGUACUCGGCUGCUCACAAGUACUUGGUGCAGGCGAUGCGCAAGGCGCCACAGACCACAGCUGUAGGUUUCAGGCAAACUGUGCAGAAACUGGCAGUUGCUGUAGAGCUGCUACUUGGCGAUAUCCCGGAGCGGCAGAUCUUCCGGCAAGCUGCUCUACGACGAGCCUUGGCGCCGUAUUUCCAGUUGACGCAGGCAGUACGCCUGGGCAAUUUGCAGCGCUUCGGCGAGGUCUUGGAGAACUUUGGGCCGCAAUUCCGUUCGGAUCACACGUUUACGUUGAUCCUGCGUUUGCGACACAACGUCAUCAAGACAGCGAUUCGUUCGAUCGGGCUGUCGUAUUCACGCAUCUCGCCAGCCGACAUCGCUCGGAAACUGGGCCUGGACUCCAGCGUCGAUGCAGAAUUCAUAGUGGCGAAAGCAAUACGUGACGGUGUGAUCGAGGCCACUCUGGAUCCGGAGAACGGCUACAUGCGUAGUAAAGAAACCACGGAUAUCUACUGCACGAAGGAACCAUUGUUGGCAUUUCAUCAGAGGAUCACCUUCUGCCUGGACCUGCACAAUCAGAGCGUCAAGGCGAUGCGUUACCCGCCCAAAUCCUAUGGCAAGGAUCUCGAGUCCGCAGAGGAGCGCAGAGAAAGAGAGCAACAGGAUCUGGAAUUGGCCAAGGAAAUGGCCGAAGAGGACGACGAUGGUUUCCCUUGAAGAGAUCCACGCGAGCGUCCGCGGCUUGUGGA